AUGAAGUUCGGGAAGAGCAUACGGAGGGAGAUGCAGAACCACCCGGGGAUGCACUACCUGGGUUACAAAGGGUUAAAGAGGAUAAUAAAAAGGAUUAGAGAAAGUCAGGUGGAAGGAAGGCCCAUCGAAAGGAAGAACCUGAGUGACCAGUUCGAAGACUUGUUGCAUUACGACUUGGGAAAAAUUGAAAAAACAUUUCAAAAAUUAUUUCUCGAAAUUAAUGACAUGAAGAAUGAAAUUGAGGAGAAGUUUGCCUCUCGUAUUUUUAACAGUGAGGAGUUAAAAGUGAAUAAAAGAAUUUGUUCGUUUGACAAUCUGCUGGAGAUGUUGAAGGAAGGGGGGGUGGUGUCUGAGGAGGUGCUGGACUUUUGCGUCCGGCUGAGUUUGCUCUCCAGCAAGUGCAAAGUCAUUCGGACCUACGUGGUGUACAACUACGUGGGGCUGGUGAAGAUCCUCAAGAAGAGGCGGAAGCGCUGCGGGGGGGAAGCGGCGAAGGAAGCGGAGCAAAACGCGGAGCAGGAGGCGGAGCAAGAGGCGGAUCAACACGUUGAUCAACACGCUGACCAACACGCUGACCAACACGCUGAUCAGUCGGAGGGCCUCGCUCAGCUGGACCUCCCCACCUCCCCUCCACACACCGCUCCCCCCCCCGUGGCCAACGUCGUGGCCAGCAUCGUGGCCACCUACUCGUGGUGCCUCUCCGACGAGCUGCCCCAACUUAUAACCUCAGUUAAUGUCAUCUCGGACGAGUUCAUGCAGCAGCUCUGUAACUCCCCCGUCAGAGCGGACAAAUACAUGUGCCCAAUCUGCCUCUGCCUUAUACAUGACCCAGUUACUUUAAAUUCCUGCUUCCACUCCUUCUGUUGGAAUUGCCUAGCCACGGCCAUCCAGAAAUACUCCAUCGACAGCUGCCCCUCGUGUAGGACCAAAAUUGCUUUCGAUCGGGAGUCCUUCAAAAUUGACGGCAUUUUGUGCCAAUUUUUGAAGAAGCACUUUGUGAGUGAGUCAGCAGCGGAGUGGGGCAGCCCCCCUCGAGAAGAGGCGCACCAAGGGGAAGAGGCUCACCAAGGGGAAGAGGCUCACCAAGGGGAAGAGGCUCACCAAGGGGAAGAGGCUCACCAAGGGGAAGAGGCUCACCAAGGAGGUGAGGCAUACCAAGGGGGCGAAGCAUACCCAGGAGCCAAACCCGACGCACCCAUCAUUCAUUGUGCCCUUCAAAAUGGGAGAGAACCCCUGGAGGGAAGGACAGAGAAGCUUACCGGGAGAAGUACAAAUUAUCGAAUUGGUGAGGGGAUGCCCGGCUCAGCGAGUGUAGCGAAACGAAGAACCCCCCCUGGGAGAUCCCUCGAUGGGAAGGAUCCCGCUGCCCCCAUUUUACCGAACGAUGGGGAAGACACACCUGAUGAGGCGAGAGAGCAUUUCUUCGCGUGGUACUCCUCCCCCCCCGAUGAAGGCGAAAGGGACCCCUGGGAAAAUUUCGACGAGUACCUGACCGUUUUGAAUAGCGUUGAUAAGUACGUGGUGGAGGACCGGGGGCGGGAGAGCGACUCCUGUUGCAGCGACGAAUGUCGCGAAGGAGUCUUUCCGCAGCCGGACGCGACAAAGCGGGGGCCCAAGGGGGGCGCGCCCGACGCGUCGUACAGCCUGGUCAGCGACGUCCUGAGCUACGCCUUCAGCUAA